CCCAUUACGUAACGUGAGUUGAACGGCCCAGUGGUCGUUUUCACACAGAAAGUCAGAAUGCCUCCAAAAUACAGGUUCGCAGAGAACGAGAGGGUCUUAUGCUACCACGGACCGCUACUCUACGAAGCAAAGGUUACAAAGGUACAAACAAAGGACAAAGACUCAGCAGUUCCUGGUGCAUUAUGCUGGCUGGAGCAGGAGUUGGGAUGAGUGGGUGGUGGAGCCACGGAUCCUCAAGUGGAAUGAGACCAACCUUCAAAAGCAGAAAGAGCUUCAAAUGGUUCAUCCCGACAAGAGAAGGCCAAAGAAAAGGGAAAGGACCAGAAGAGAACCUGAGACUGGUCGACGGAAGAGAGGAAGACACGACAUUCAAGAGAGCUCCACAAGAGACCCAACUCCAGAGAGAGAGGUAAAGGUGGAGAUUCCCGAGGAACUCAAGAAGUGGCUGGCAGACGACUGGGACCUUGUCACCAGACAGAAACAGGUGUGCAUUAAUCAUGUGUCGAGAGUGCAUGUGUCCCAGCGACUGAGUGGUGAUAUCUUUCUGUCCAGCUGUUCGGGGCAAAUGAAGGAGGUGUGCGAUGGAGUGAGAGAGUAUUUCGAUGCCAUGCUUGGUGCCCAGCUCCUCUACAAGUUUGAGAGACCGCAAUAUGCAGAUAUGUUGGAGGCUCAUCCAGACACUCCGAUGGCUGAGAUCUAUGGCGUGGAGCACCUCCUCAGACUGUUUGUUCGCAUUGGUCCAAUGCUGUCGUUCACAGCCAUGGAGGAAGACAGCAUGUCACUCCUGCUGUCUCACAUGCACACCUUCCUCAAGUAUGUGGCGGCCAACCAGGAGAUGUUUACAGUGGAGUAUGACGCAGCACCUCAAGAGUACCACCGCAGAAUGAUAUAGACACAUCUAUAGAGAGCACAUUCAUGUGUACCAUUCAUCCCACAUGUGACAUUCACACACAUAUUUGCUGCAUUUGUCAGACUUCUGUUAGAUUCCAUUGUUGAUAAUGCUGCAUACAAGAUUACAAGAGUGCUGUAAUUGCUGGGUAUUCCCCUUUCUGCUCAUCCUAUUAAAGUGUAGCCACAAGCUCUGGUCAACAUUACCAGCUAAAGACAGUCACUUCUGGCACGUUAUAUAUACGCUCAACAGGUUGAUAAGAUGUCAGGAAGAGGGAAGAUGGACCAACCUGCCAAGUCAAGGAUAAUGUCCAGGGAGUACAAGAAGACUGGUGGGACGGCCACUGACUGGUCCAAGAGGGCUCAAAGUGCCGCUGACAGGAACUACUCCGGUGGCAGUAGUGGGACAGCUGGAGAUGAGGGCGGCUGGUGUACUAUACUCUAGCUCACCAACUUCAUGGAAAACUGACUCUACGUUAAACUUUAUUACUGUGUAGUUUCCAAGAGUAGAAUUUGUGAUAAGAAACUGUCUAUUGAAACACCAUUAUCUCAUCCAUGAAAAAUAAAGAAUUCAUGAGCUCUUGUUAGAGAUUGCUAGGGUCAUCAUGGAACCGACUCUUUCAGAUAACAUGAGUAGCAGGGAAGACAAAGGCUGGGCUGAGCUUGAAUGUCUCCCACUUGCAGGAUGGUC